AACCACGGCGGCUACCGAGCCAUGGUGGCGCUCGGGAACCCGGAGGGCGGCCCGGAGGAGGCGGCGGCGGCGGCGGCGGCGGGGGGCUCCCCCGGCGGGCGGCGGAUGCUGCCCCUCUCCGGCUGCCUGCCCGCUCUGGCCAGCUCCCAGGUGAAGAGACGGAAACAGCACUUCAUCAACCAGGCCGUGCGCAACUCAGACCUCGUGCCCAAGGCCAAGGGACGCAAGAGCCUGCAGCGCCUGGAGAACACCCAGUACCUCCUGACCCUGCUGGAGGCCACCGGGGGUCCCCCUGGCCUGGAGGAUGGGGACCCCACUCCAUCCGCAGCCCCGGGCAUCUUCGCCGAGGCCUGCAACAACGCCAGCUACGUGGAGGUCUGGAACGACUUUAUGAACCGCUCCGGGGAGGAACAGGAGCGCGUCCUGCGCUACCUGGAGGAUGACGUCCAGAGCAAGGCCCGGAAGAGGGGGCCAGGCCGCGGGGAGGACAGGCGCAGAGAGGACCCGGCCUACACGCCCCGGGAGUGUUUCCAGCGCAUCAGUCGGAGGCUGCGCGCCGUGCUUAAACGGAGCCGUAUUCCCAUGGAGACGCUGGAGGCCUGGGAGGAAAGGCUGCUGCGCUUUUUCUCCGUGUCCCCCCAGGCCGUGUACACCGCCAUGCUGGAUAACAGCUUCGAGAGACUGCUGCUGCAUGCCGUGUGCCAGUACAUGGAUCUCAUCUCUGCCAGUGCUGACCUGGAGGGGCGGAGGCAGAUGAGGGUGAGCAACCGUCACCUGGACUUCCUGCCUCCGGGGCUGCUCCUGUCGGCCUACCUGGAACAGCACAGCUGAUGGUGGCCCCCACCCCGUCCCCACCCCCCCGCCAGCCCCCCACCCC